AUGGCAAGAAAGACCCUGCUUCACUACAACAACGGAAGAGGCAGGAUGGAGUCCAUCCGCUGGCUCUUGGCUGCUGCUGGAGAAGAGUUUGAUGAGAAAUUUAUAGAAAGUGCAGAAGAUUUGAGCAAGUUAAGAAAUGAUGGAGUAUUGAUGUUCCAGCAAGUGCCCAUGGUUGAGAUUGAUGGGAUGAAGCUGGUGCAGUCCAGAGCCAUUCUCAACUACAUUGCCAGCAAACACAACCUGUACGGGAAAGAUAUAAAAGAAAGAGCUCUGAUUGAUAUGUACUCAGAGGGCAUUGCCGACUUGUAUGAGAUGGUCAUGCUUUUGCCACUGUGUCCUCCAGAUCAGAAAGGUGCCAAGGUUGACUUCAUCAAAGAGAAAAUCAAAACUCGUUACUUCCCUGCCUUUGAAAAAGUGUUGAAGAGCCAUGGGCAAGAUUACCUGGUUGGCAACAGGCUGAGCAAGGCUGACAUUCUCCUGGUGGAGCUGCUCUACAAUGUGGAGGAGGUGGACCCUAGCGCCAUCGCCAGCUUCCCUCUGCUGAAGGCCCUCAAGACCAGAGUCAGCAGCCUCCCCACCGUGAAGAAGUUCCUGCAGCCUGGCAGCCAGAGGAAGCCUCUUUUGGAUGAGAAAAAUUUAGAAAAAAUAAAGAAGAUUUAUGGUCUACCUUAA